AUUUGCAAAAAGAAUCAAAAUUUAGUUUUUUCUUUGCAAGUUGGGCAUGGGCGUCUAUUUAUAGCAAUCUUUUGGGCAGCCAUUGGAGUCCCUUUUCAUCUUGAAAAUCUUCAACCAUUUGCGAAAAGAUUCAAACUUGAAUGCAAAGAUCUCGCCUUUUUAGGUUUCUUCAUCUGUUGUUGAUUUAGUUUUGGAAUUGUUUUUCUUCCUUUUGAGGUUUAUAUAGGUUUGUAUAUUGGCUUGGUGGUGGUGAGAGGAAUGGCGGUGGUUGCGGAGAGUGCGAUCAGGUCCGAUGAUCAGCUUUCCGGCACCGGCGCCGGACGGGAUCAGGAGUUUCAGAGUGAUGUGAAGAAGUUGGUUGACUUGCUGUCUAAGUUGAAUCCAUCGGCGAAGGAGUUUGUGCCAUCGUCGCGUGCUGGUGUCUUGGCGGCGGAUGGGCGGCAGGCCGGCGGUCACCGGCUGUCGGCGGACGCUCCUGUCUUCGUUUCGUCGGCGGAGUAUUACGGUAAUGGUGGUAGCGGAGGUGAUGGUAGCAUAAAGGAUUCCAGCAGUGAUGGGUCUUCUGGUAAUCAGAAUAAUCAACAGCAACGUCGAAGGAGGAAUGGGUAUAAUCAAGGGAGGAGGAGGAUGAGUGAGAGAGCUCGUAGAGCUCAGAAGGAGGAGAGUAUCAGGAGGACUGUAUAUGUUUCUGACAUUGAUCAGCAUGUCACUGAAGAGCAUCUCGCUGAAUUGUUUAGUUAUUGUGGAAAAGUAGUUGAUUGUCGGGUUUGUGGGGACACGAAUUCACUUCUUCGAUUUGCAUUUAUUGAGUUUGCUGAUGACUAUGGUGCAAGGGCGGCAUUAACUCUCGGAGGGACCAUGCUAGGCUUCUAUCCUGUUAGGGUUUUGCCUUCGAAGACUGCAAUCUUGCCUGUAAACCCUACAUUUCUUCCAAAGUCUGAUGAUGAAAAGGAAAUGGUUACGCGCACCGUUUAUUGUACAAAUAUUGAUAAGAAGGUCACUCAAAUGGAUGUAAAAAUUUUCUUCAAUAAAUACUGUGGUGAGGUAUCUCGUUUGAGGCUGCUCGGGGAUCAUGUUCAUAAAACCCGCAUAGCAUUUGUUGAAUUUAUUCAGGCAGAAAGUGCUAUCAUCGCUCUGAGUUGUAGUGGCAUGUUCAUAGGAGAUCUUCCAAUAAGGGUGAGUCCUUCCAAGACACCCGUAAGGCCUCGUGUCACGCGACAACAGUUUGCUAAUUGAGGUUUGGCAAAAGACUGAACUGAUUAGCAAACUCGGAUGAAAGCAUGAGCUGCACAAACACCAUUUUCUUAUGUGGCCAGAUCAUAUUUUCUGCAACCAAACAUCAUCCACCACCACCUGAAAAUUUCUCUGUUUCGGGAGACUGUUCUUUUUUCUUUAUGU